CAGCCGGAGUCCACAGAGGCCCGGCGCAGCGGGACCCCGCGCGUCCCAUGGCCAGGGAGAGGCCGCCCGGGCGCGGCUGCGGCGCGCUGCCCCGCUGUCUGCUCGGCGCCGCGCUGCUGCUGGGCCUGCGGCUCUGCGUGGAGCUGCGGCGCGCGGGGACGGCCACCCCGGCCCGCGGCGCCCCCGCCGGCCCGGCCCCCCGGCCUCCCGCGCCGCACCUGCCGCCCGCGCCCGCGCCCCGCCCUCCGCCAGGCGGCAGCAGAAGGCGGGUGACCUACGUGCGCCGCGGGCGCAGGACGCCGGCGCCGAGCUGCUGCGCCGCGCCGAAGGGUCCCCGGUGGCAAAUACAGCUCCAGCCGUGGGCAGGCCCUGCUCAGUCUUUGGAUGAAGAAGCCUGGAGAUUUCUGAGAUACAUCAGCACCAUCCAGAUUGCAUGCAGUCAUAUGAGUGCAGACAGCCUGGCUACCGACUCCAGUCCUGCGGACAAGCCCUGGUUGGUGUGCCUUGAUGACAGGUUUGGCUUAGCUCAUCAAAUUCGCAGCAAGCAGUGCCGCCUCUACUCUUUAGGGCUGGGAAGUGACGAUACCCGUUUUGAGGUGAGCAUGGCCAAUGAUGGAUGUGAGGUGCACCGUUUUGAUCCUAGCAUCAAAUCCGCUCACAUUCUGGAGAGUCAGCGCCUGUGGUACCAUCGCGUAUCCAUCGAUUGGCGGGACCCUCAUCCUGCUCUUGCCGCCCAAAAACCACACAGCAAUACCAGGAAACUGGGAAGUAUUUUGAAUGAAUUUGGGCAUCACAAGACAGUGGUAAAUAGGACGCAGCGAUGCCAGGGGAGACAAAUGAAAGAAAACACAGAAGCAAACAUGGGGACUGUUGCUUUGCCUUCUUCUGCCGAUUCUGAGAAUGACACUGGAAACCAAAGCAAUAUAUCCCCCUAAAGUGGCCUGUGCUCACAGAUGGAGCCUUGGAAAGGUGGGAUUGGAUCAAGGUCCAUGACACUCAUCAGUGAUUAUUCCACUGAGGAGUUUAUAGUUAAGGAUGAAUCUAGGAGGUGAAGCGUGGUUGGAGAAGAGGGGUCACUGGAGCCAUGGUGGCGAAGAUCGAGCCCCUUCCCUUGGUUGAUCACUAAAUGCUUCCUGCCGCCGUGCCAUGGACUGUUUCUCCUCUACUUUAUCUGUCUGCUAUUCUACCCUGCUCUGAUUUUAGACUAUGCACUGAAACUGCUAUAAACUGUGAGCUAAAAUAAACCUUUCCUCCUUAGAGCUGUGGGUGACAAGAAAUCAAGCCAGUACCUAAUUCCAGUCAAGAGUUUCUAAUGAAAGCUUUACAUUAAAAUGAAGGGCAAUUGAUCCUUCAGAAGUGGUUGUAAGAGAAUUAUUAUUGUUUGCUGCCUUGGGGCACUGAACAGCUUUGCUGAUCAUUGCAUAGCAAACAAAUCAUUUCUCAGCCUUUUGGCUAAGAUCAAGUGUUUACAAAAAAAAUACUGAGCUGUAUAGAAAUUAAAUGGGCUGCUCAGAAUUAGCUGAAAUAUAUCCCACACAAACAGAUGUCAUCCUGGGAGGCUGGGCUCAGUGGUCAAAUGUCCACUGGCUUAGGCCCCUUGGGCCCUAACAAAUAUACAGUUUCUACAUCUCUGGGCAGGGAGCGGGCCAAUGACUUCAAAAUAUUGUUGUGUGGUUUCUCCUGUGUUUGAGAAAUAUAGGCUUUGAAAUUAAACUCCCCAAAAAUCUUUGCUUUUGUUUAUCAAAUUGAAAAAUGAAAAUAAGUUACUGAUGCUAUCCUACGGGAAUAAAAGUCAGUUUUGCUACUGGAAAUAAAAAAUGAUAGACUCUUCCUUGUAUUCUGUUUUUACAUCAUGUACUAUGUCCAUCCUUUAUUUUGACUGACUGCUUUGUUUUGUCACAUUUGGUUUUAUUGUCUUCCAAAAAAAAAAAAGUAAUAAGAACUGUGGGAGUAAUAAAACCAAAAUGUGUAAAUGUUAUUGUAAAAAAGGGAGGAAAAGAAAGUGCUCUAAAGGAUACAACUGCAAGUGUAUUUAGGUGUGUAAGAUGGAUGAUCAUAUUACUAAGUUUUUGUUGGAUCAUUGAACAGAACUGUUUGCAGUCUCACUGUUUGAAUGUCCACUUUGUAUGCUUUAAUCCUGUAACUUGAACAACUGUUUCUAAGAUGACAAUAUGUUGCUAUUAACUAGUGAUUUCUUACUGUUCAUUUUUUUUUGAAAUUCUGUAUUACUUGUACCCUUUUACUAUUUUUUUUUCUUUAAAUAAAAUAAAAUAAAAAUGAUAGACUCAGGAAGAAAAUUUGGCCACAUGUAUAUGUCACUUUUUAUUACUAGAAAUUCUUUUGGCCUUAAAUUUUCUUUUUCUUUCUUUCCUUCUCUCUCUCUCUCUCUCUCUCCCCCUCCCUCCCUUUCUCUUCUUCUCUCUCUCUUUCUUUCUUAUACUAGGAAUUGAACCUAGGGCCUUCACAGUCAGCUAUGUCCGUGGUCCUUUUUUAUUUUGAGGUGGAGUCUCUCUAAAUUACUAGCUUGCCCAGGCUGGCUUUGAACUUGUAGUCUUUCUGCCUCAACUGCUUAGAGUGCUGGUAUUGUAGGCAUAUACCACCAGGUUUCAUGUUUCUUUUGUUAAGUAUUUAUGUGAAAUAUCAUUCUAGAGUCCUUUAUUUUCCUUCUAAAGUUUUAGUUUAUGAGUAGUUUUUAAGGGAAAAGUAUUAAGGAUAUGUCCAGACUGUGUUUUUAAGUCUAAAAUCAGACAAUGUCUGAAAUAGGUGUCUUUAAUAUUGCUAUUUGUGUAUAUUGUGAUUAGUGGUACAUUUUGGACUAAUUUCUACCCUUUUAAAUUAGACUUUUCAUUUUAUGUACUUUUUUUUUCUUUUGUCAAAGUUUUGUUUUUAUUCUUCAUUGUUAUUUUUAAAAAUAUGUUUUAAAUGAGGUUAAACCCAGGUCUCCCACAUAGUAGGCAAAUGCUGUACCACUGAGCAAACUUCAGCUAGACCUAUCCUAAAAUUUAAAUAUAUGUAAAUAGCUCUAAAAUUUUAAAACAAUAUAUUAAAAAUAAUUCAAUAUUUCUUUAUUUCUUUUAGACAUGGUAUAUCCACAUUAUCUGGAUUUUUACCAUUUUUUUACCUUUUAUUAAAAAUCUCAAAAGUUGCUACAAUAAUAUAGUAAACUUCAUAUUUUUUUUACUGAGACUCACCAAUUGUUAAUAUUUUGCCAUAUUUAGUUUUUCUUUAUUGUUUCAAGAAUUAUCUCUGCAGUGAGGGGGGAUGAGGCGUUUUUCUACACUGUUAGUGUGAAUGUAACCUAGUACACUUCUAUGGAAAUCAACAUGAAGAUUCUGCAAAAAACCGAAACUAGAAAUUUCAUUUGACCCAGCCCACCCCCUUCUGGGCAUCUUCCCCAAAAAGUUAAAGACAGCAUAUUACAGUGAUGCAUGCAUACCUAUGUUUAUAGCAGCACAACUUAUAAGAGCUAAAUAUUGGAGGCAUCCCAUAUAUCCAUAAACAGAUGAAAGAAAAUGUGUUAUAUGUACACAAUGGAGUACUACUGUGCCAUAAAGGAUAAAUUUGAGUAAUUUUUAUGAAAUGCCUCUACCUUGAGACCAUAAUGUUUUUUUAAAAAUUAACUUUGUUGGUACAAUUUAGAUAUACACUGAUCAUCUUCAUCAUAGGACAUUUGUUCCUGUAUGUGAUAUUUUUUGACUCCUCUUUUUUUCCCUCUUUCCUUUACCCUCUCCUCCUCUCCCCAUUUACAAAGUUUUGUUCCAUUUUAUCCUUCUUUUUAUCUUUUUUCUUUUCCCUUCCUUCCCCUCCCCCCCCCAGUUCCUCUUUUCCUUUUGAACAAUUUCUUAUUUACAAUAUGUCCUGUACAUAUUGGUCCUUACUUUCGUUUCUCACACCAGAGAGGCAGUGUAAUAUUUACACAUGUGUCUAAUUUAUUUCACUCAAGAAUAUGGUCUCAAAGUGCAUCCAUUUACCCAGAGAUGUCACUAACCUCUUUUCAGCUGAGCAUUAUCUCCAUUCCUUGGUUGACGGGCAUUUGGAUUGUUUUCAAGAUUUACCUGUUGCAAACUGUGCUGCUAUAAAUAUGGGUGUGCAUAUACAGCUAUGGUAUGAUGCGUUUAAUUUUUCAGGGAAGAAGGGAAAUAGCUGGAUUAAAUGGAACAUGUUGUCCUAGAUUUUUGAGAAAGCUCCACACUGAUUUGCACCAAUCUACAUCCACACCAACAGUGGAGAAGAGUUUCUUUUCCCUAAUGGCCUCUCCACCAAUUUGUUAUCAGUCGGCUUCUUGAUGACAGCCAUUCUUUCUGGAAUGAGAUGGAAUCUCAGUGUUGUUUUAAUUUGCAUCUCUCCAAUAACCAGUGAUGUUGAACAUUUUUUCAUGUAUUUAUUUCCAUUUGUAUUCCUUUCUCUGAGAAGUGUGUAUUCAUUCAGAUGCCCAUUUUUUGGAUUGGUUCUUUAAAUUUGGGGGUCUGAUAUUUUUCAGUUCUUUAUAUGUUCUAGAUAUUAGUCCUUUGUCUCAGGGACAACUGGCUAAUUUUUUUCCUGACCGUGUGGAUUGUCUUUGCAACUCUGUUGAUGAUUUUAUUUGGCUAUGCAAAAGCUUUUUAAUAAGAUGAGAUCUCAGUUGAUUCUUUGUAGUAUUUCCCAUGCAGUUGGGGUUUUGUUCAUGAAAUCUUUGCCUACACCUAUGUCUUCAAGAAUUUUACCUGUUCCCUAUGCCAGAAGAUUUAGUGUUCCUGAUUUAAUAUUUAGAUCUUUGACACACUUCAAUUUCAGUUUAGAGCAAUGGUGAAAGACCUGGGUUUAGUUUUUAGUCUUUGGCAUGUGGAAAGUCAGUUUUUCUAGCCCCAUUUAUUAAAGAGGCAUUCUUCCAGGAAAUGUAUUUGGCCCCUUUGUCAAAAAUACAGUGGCUGGGGGGCCUGGGGAUUUAGCUCAGCGGCAUAAGUGCCUGCCUUGCAAGCAGGCAGUCGUGAGUUCGAUUCCUGGUACUGAUAAAAAGGAAAAAGACAAAAAAAUAAAAGAUUUUAAAAAAUA